GGGGAAAAAUAAAACUAUUCAUUUUUCUGUUUAAUUAAAUCCAGUUUCCUUUCUUUUUCACUCUCCUCUCCGUCGGCAUUCCCCUGAACGAGAACCACCGAAAAACUGUACACACGGUGAGAUUCAAAUCCCGAUCCGAACCGAUACAAAAUGGCGACGAACCACCCCAUAAAGAUCGCCAUUCUCGGAGCAGGCACAUUCGUGAAGAGUCAGUAUCUUCCACGACUCUCAGAGAUCUCCAAUCUCUUCCAUCUCAAAGCUAUUUGGAGCCGCACCGAGAAUUCCGCGAGUAGUGCUGUGGAAAUCGCUAACAAACAGUUCGGUCAAGUGGAGUGUAAAUGGGGAGAUAACGGUCUUCAGGAUAUCAUCCAAGAUCCGUCCAUUGUUGCCGUUAUUGUCGUUUUGGCUGGACAACAUCAGGUUGAAAUCUCACUCAAGAUGUUGAAGGCUGGUAAACAAGUACUUCAAGAGAAACCUGCUGCAUCUUGUACAAAUGAGCUGCAAACUGCAUUAUCUGCCUACAAAUCGAUUUCUGCUGAUGCUCCUGGCCAUAUAAUUUGGUCUGUGGCUGAAAAUUAUCGUUUUGAACCAGCCUUAGUUGAGGGCAAGAAGCUAAUUGCUGACAUUGGGAAAAUGAUGAGUGUCCAAGUUAUUGUAGAAGGAUCGAUGAACAGUUCAAACCCAUACUUUUCAAGUUCUUGGAGGCGCAGUUUUACUGGAGGAUUCAUUCUUGAUAUGGGUGUGCAUUUCAUUGCGGGGUUGAGAAUGCUUGUUGGGUGUGAGGUGGUUUCCGUUUCAGCCAUGACAUCGCAUGUGGAUUUGAUCUUACCACCACCAGAUAAUUUAUCAUCUGUCUUUCAUUUGGAGAAUGGAUGCUCAGGAGUAUUUGUAAUGGUUGUCUCCUCCAGAUCACCCAAGAUCUUGUGGCGAGUUGUUGGCAUGAAUGGAACCCUUCAAAUUGAGCGUGGAUUCCAAGGACAACAUGGAUACCUGGUUUCAUUAUACGAUGCUAAUGGACAAUGCAAAAGCUCAUUUUUUCCGUUCACUGGAGUAACUGAAGAAUUGAAAGCUUUUUUUAGUGACGUUUCUGAAAACACCCUCAAGAAGGGUAGUGAGUUUGUGCCCGAGCAUCGCCUCUCUUUUGUCGAGGGUGCAAGAGACGUUGCUCUUUUAGAGGCAAUGCUUGAGUCUGGAUCAAGGCAGGGCGAGCAAGUUCAUGUGAAAAAGUUUUGAGGUAAUCAUAUAGCUCUUUGCACUGGCCUCUUAAUUCAAUAUCUACAAAUAUUUACAAGUGUAGAUGAACAAGCCAAGCCAGUGGAUCAAGGCAGAGAGAUCAACUUGAUUAGAUGAAAUUGUAGGAUUUGUAUACAUUUAUUGAAAUUAUUACUUGUAUGCUCGAGCUGAUGCAUCUGAAACUUCUAAUACCUCGAUGCUUAUUAUUCAAAAUAAUGCAAUGUAAGUUGAGCUUAUUUUUUGGUCUAAA